UUUUUUCGUCUUCGUGUGUAAUGCAAUGGAGCAAGCUUGCGAAUGAAACCGUUCGUUCUGGGCCAGACAACACAAAAAAUAGUGAUUCCAGUCAUUUCGUGUGCAAAGAGAGGAUGAUAAAAGAAUUAGCGCUACGAUGAAGUGUGCGACAGAUAAGCGACACGGCUUCCCACAGUAUCAGUGUAUCAGUGCUCCGUUUCUGUGUGUGGGCAAAUGUUUAAUGAGUGGUAUUUUGCCCAGCUACGUUUCACGGCCAUGACCACGGAAGUAUGAUACGGCUAAGAUUUGGGACAACGAUCCUUCAGGUCCGGAGGGCAACCGCUUGCGUUGGAGCUGCUUGUCUUCUCUUCGCAUUUACAUUUGUGUAUAUUUUCUUCGGAAGGCUUCUACCCACAGACCUCUCGAAAUGGUCCCCGGACAAGGUGGAUGUCGUGGCACUGGAGAAACGUCUGGAACACCUGGAGCAAGAGCUUCGGCAGAACCACCAGACUCUGGGUCAGAUACGGGAUACGGUGAGGGACCUGUUGCGUGAUGGGGGCGUUCCAUGGCGUGUGGGCCACCGUCCUCACACCACGAAUGCCUCACGACAGAUUGUCACCGUUCCACCGGCAGACUGCAUCUUCGGGACCUUACCUCCGGCCAACACGGACUUCAACAUGUACGAGGUGUACGAGAAGUUGUCCUUCGACAACCCCAAUGGAGGUGUCUGGAAGCAAGGGUGGGACCUCCAGUAUUUGGCUGACCAAUGGACUCCAGAGAAGAAGCUCAGGGUGAUCGUCGUUCCUCAUUCGCACAACGAUCCUGGUUGGAUAAAGACAUUUGAAAAGUACUACGAUGACCAAACGAGGCACAUCCUGGACAACAUGGUGAGCAAACUUGCGGUGGACCGACGUAGAAAGUUCAUCUGGGCGGAAGUGUCAUAUUUUUCCGUCUGGUUCGAGAACCAGAGCGAUGCCAUUAAAGCGCAAGUUCGUGGUUACCUGCAGAACGGUCAACUGGAGAUUGUCACCGGAGGCUGGGUCAUGAACGAUGAGGCUAACACUCACGUAUCUGCUAUGAUAGAACAAAUGGUUGAGGGACAUCAGUGGUUGAAACACAAUGUUGGAGUGAAGCCAAAAAAUGGCUGGGCCAUCGACCCUUUUGGAUUGUCUCCCACGAUGGCAUAUUUACUCAAAAGGAUGGGAUUCCAAAACAUGGUCAUACAACGAGUGCACUACUCCAUCAAGAAGUAUCUGGCUCACGAACGGUCUUUAGAAUUCAUCUGGAGACAGAGCUGGGACCACAACCACACAACGGACAUCCUGUGUCAUAUGAUGCCCUUCUACAGCUACGACGUUCCACACACUUGCGGACCUGACCCCAAAGUGUGUUGCCAGUUUGACUUCAAGCGGUUACCGGGCAACAAGGUCAACUGUCCAUGGCGUGUGGCACCUGUGCCCAUCACCGACAAGAAUGUCGCUUCAAAAGCAAUGGUCCUGCUCGACCAGUAUCGCAAGAAAGCGCAGCUGUUCCGCACACGCACGGUUUUGGUGCCACUGGGAGAUGAUUUCCGCUUCGACAAGGCCAAUGAGUGGGACAACCAGUUUUCCAAUUAUCAACGUCUCUUCGACUAUGUCAAUUCUCAUCCAGAGCUCCAUGCUGAGCUUCGUUUUGGGACCUUAAACGACUAUUUUACGACGCUUCGAGAAGAAACAUCGGUCGACGCAGCCAACAUGCCUCUAGGGUUUCCUUCUAUGAGCGGAGAUUUUUUCACAUACGCCGAUCGUGAUGACAACUACUGGAGUGGCUACUAUACAUCUCGUCCCUUUUACAAAAAUAUGGACAGGGUCGUGGAAGCGCAUCUCAGAGGGGCAGAGAUCCUAUUCUCCCUGGUCUGGGCUCGGAUGGGGCUCCUGGGCAUGGACCACAGCUCCCUAAUAGAAGAGAUGAUGUUGGGGCUGGUGGGUUCUCGCAGGAACCUCGGUUUAUUUCAACACCAUGAUGCUAUAACGGGCACUGCCAAAGACGCCGUUGUCAUCGACUAUGGCAAGAGGCUCCUGGAGUCCCUGAAGAACCUGAGAGACAUAAUUGCCAAGAGUGCUCAUUAUAUGCUCCUCAACACACAGAGCAACGUCGACGUUCUUUCACUGAACCUCGAUGAUGUGAGAGACGAUCACAAUGCUAUUGCCCACAAGGUGCCUCUCACGUUCACCAAGGAGGCAAGGAUAAGGUACGUCGUCGUCUACAAUUCCCUCGCCGUGCCCAGGAAUGAAAUAAUCACUGUACACGUGACGUCACCGUCAGUGGUAGUGGUUGACAGCAAUGGCACCUUGGUACCCAGCCAGUUGAGCCCUGUCUGGGAAGGCAGAGAGUUUGUUCGAGGCGUUUUUGAGCUCUGUUUUCUAGCAGAUAUUCCUGCGCUUGGUCUCACCACCUAUCGUGUUGAGCAGAUUGACGGUGUUAGUGGUACCGUGUACCGUGCAGCUGUAACCCUGUACUCUUCGGAGUCUUACUUUGAUACACUAUAUUUUCCAGUAACUCACGCAGACUCAAAAGAGGACAUUAAGAUUCAGUCACCUUACAUCGCAGCCACUUUUUCGGCAACGACCGGUAUGCUUAAGCAUGUGGAAGUAAAGGAGCACAAUGUGAGCCUGGAUGUGCAAUCAUCCUUUGUCAUGUAUGGCACUCGUCCCAAAGGGAAAGACCAAAGUGGAGCCUACCUCUUUCUUCCUCAAUCUGAAGCUUUUCCAGUGGAGGCGAAAAAUGCACCAAUUCGCAUCAUUGAAGGUGACCUCUACUCAGAGCUGACUGCGUUCCUGCCUAACGUUGAAUUUCACGUCAAACUCAAGAAUUCUCCAGGGAUGGAUGGUGUAGGAUUGGAGGUGUACAAUGUAGUAGACAUCACUUCCAGAACAAAUCACGAACUAGUCAUGAGGCUGACAACGGGAGUGCACAAUUUUGGUCCGGAGUUUUACACAGAUGUGAAUGGACUGUUGAUGGCAAGGAGGCACACCCAGGAGAAGCUGACCCUCCAGGGGAACGUGUACCCCAUGCCCACCAUCAUGUUCAUCCAAGACAAUUCCACCCGUCUCACUGUGCUCACUGCUCAACCGCUAGGCACUACUAGUCUUAAGACGGGUGUGGUUGAUGUAUUCCUCGACCGGCGUCUCAACCAAGAUGACAAGAGGGGACUCCAGCAAGGAGUCAAGGACAACCUUAAGACUCCAAGCUCCUUCAGAAUCCUCAUUGAGCGCUUUAACUCUGACAUUGCGACGCAUUCUCGAGAAGCAUCCCACCCAUCUCUGCUGAGCCAGCAUGCAUCCAUGAGCCUUCUGCAUCCUCCUUUUGUUCUGCUGCAUUCCAAAGCAUAUCGACUGGCUGACCCUCCACUACGUGCUUCUUUUGCGGGCUCUCAUUCCUUGCCUUGCGACAUUCACAUGCUGAACCUGCGCACUCUGUCCAACAGCAGUAAGGGUCCCUCCAACGUGACUGCCAUGUUCCUGCAACGGCUGCCUCACGACUGUCGCCUCAAGACCUAUGCAGUGCGCUGCGCAUUCCAGCCAGUGGACACACUAGCGGAUAUUUUUCCAGACUACUACAGCAACGUGUACGAGGAAACGAGCCUCUCCCUCAUGCACACCCUGUCAACCUCAACGAAAUCAUCAUCUUUCAACUUGCCUCCACCCGCAGAAAUAGCAGCAUACAAACUGCAGCGGCGGUGAAAAUGAGUGUGAAAAGUCGCAUCGUAUUUAUUUGAGCACCCUCAAUGAACUUGGGUUCCACAUCUUGAAAUCUGUAUAUGUUAUAUAGCAUCUCGGGGUUCAUUUUAUUAAUACCUGCAGUAGCGCAAUGGCAGGUCACUAUGAAUUGACGUAGAUUGAUUUAUUUUGCAUAGCUGGGUUCUUAGUUAAAAUCACAGAAGCAUGACAGCAAACUGACAUCACGAGAUGGCUGAAACAGUGUAAGAAAACUGCACAGUCCUUGUUUGCCACAUUGAGAUUGCAAAGCUGUUGUGAUUCUCGAGUGUUUUUUAUUGUACGUUUGUUGUUGUUUUUUAUGGUUACAUGCAGUAUCAGGUUUUACUGUUUUGAACAGGAACUACUGAUUAGAUGAAAUGUUGUAAUUGACCUGUGCAUUCGAAAUGCUACCUCAUCUAUGUGGGAUGCUUUUGAAAAGCUUUUUCAUCUUAGAGCACCUGGUUAAUGUUCUCUCGGAUAUACUUUACAAAACUGGCUGAUUUAUGAAAACUGUGUCCAUGCAAGAGAUGCAUGGUGACACCAGAGUUGCAGCAAACGUUACGUGGCUUGUGUGCGCACCAUACCUCGACUCCUGUCCCCAUUGCACAAGCUUUGCAACGAGUCAAGAAAAGAAAAACUAAGAAAUGAAAUUGUCAAGUCUUCCACGAGAGUAUUACAUGGCAGUGUUCCAAUUGAUGUUGCAUCAUGUCACCUCAUUUGUAUGCGAGGCUCCUUUUGCGACAAGAAACUCUCGCCUGCAGCUGACAACAAAAAUGUUUAUAUUUUAGUGCUAACCCACAUUUGAAGGCUAUCCUAUUUAUUUUCCUCAUUUUUCCUGGGGUUAGAAAGAUCUAGUUCUAAUGACAAGCUUUUGUGCAGAAUCUGUACUUCAUGGAUCAGACAAGUCCAUUGACAGUGAUUCUGCACGAAAGCUCGUAAUUUAAACCAGAUGCUCCUAGCCAUUAGAAUUUUAUACUGACUACCCCUUUCUGAACUUGAUGGUAUUUUUAUAUUUUGUCUACUUUACAUUUUUCCUGGUAGAAAUUCAAAGUUGCAAAUGGUAAAGCGUUGUUGAUAGUUGACCUCAACAUGAGUUGACCUCAUAGUUGAGCCACAUACAUAAUCAUUCUGCAAAGAACGCGAGUUUCACUGUAAAUAAAUGAGAAAGAACUCUCAAAGAAAUGGCCGUAAAUGCAGGGGGCUUUGGAAAGAGCUAUUUUAUCUAAAUUCUCGUACAGUUUUACGAGGAUGCUCCAAUUUUUCAGGCUUUUCAAAAGAGCGAGUAUUGAACAUCACUAAUGGGUUUCUCCUUGCAGAGUGAAGGAUGCUGUUACCCCAAUACAGAAUGGGAACAAAAGGAAUGGGAGAAAUCCAUUUACGAGCGAUUUGUCCAAUCACUGCCAGGGACCAAUCCGAGGCGCAUUGUCCUUGGCUUAUAAAUCGCAAUUGAUGAAUCCUGUUCCCUUUGUGUUGGUGUCGCCAUCUUUCAUUCCACAGAGAGGAUAAAUAGCGUCCUUUUAAUUGAGCAAUGCACCGCAACAUGUUUUCAACGAAAUGGUGGUAAAUAUUCUGUAAGAAGGCAACCAUGUGGCCACCGUAGUGUCCCCGGGCAGCACUGUGUUGUCAACAUUGUCGGAGUUGUCCUUCUCUACACAAUGGCCAUGUCAUCAGGGUGAGUGUUGGUUGCCAAUAAAUGUGAGCAUCCAUUUAUUCCACGCA